GUCACAAACAUGACUUGGUUCAUGCUACCGUGUCAUCCCUGGACAAAUGCAAAAUAUGCUUGGGAUCAGGGCUGUCUGCUUUCAAGUGGAUUGGUUUCAGUUGUAAAGUUUGUUCUGGUGUAUGGCAUAAGGAUUGUCUCCAGCAAACAGUGCCUGAGGAUAAACAUGAUUUUAGCUCAGAAGAUAAUCAAUCAGAUGAGGACAUGCAUGAAGAUGACAUGCAUAAAGAUGAUGAUUAUGUACCAGAUACUGACUCGGAAUCUGAUUCGGAUACAAGUACUGUGGUUGGCUCUAGUGUGUCUCAGGUUCCCCUUUCAAGGAAUAUUGAAGAAUUUCAUACUACAACAAAAAAUACAUGUGAAAAUACUGAUAAAACAACAGAUGAAGCAACAGAAGCACGUGUUAAUGGUAUAAACUACUGUUACGUUUGUCAAAAACCUCAGUCUAAACUUGCCAGACAUCUAGAGAUGCACAAGACCGAAGCAGAAGUAAUGGAAGCUCUUAGUUAUCCAAAACGUUCGGUAAACAGACGAAGACUUCUGGAGAAGCUACGUAAUCGGGGCAACUUCCAGCACAAUUUAGAAGUUCUCAAAAAUGGAACUGGGCAAAUCAAAUUAAAAAGAUUUUCGAAGCAGUCUAAAUUCAUUCACUGUCUCUAUUGCAAAGGAAUGUUUUCCCGCAAAGAAUUGUGGCGACACACUCGCAGAUGCCACUUCAUGCCAGAGCGGGCUUCUCAUGAGUCUACAAAGGCCAAAGUUUUGGGCUUGGCAACAACAGCUCAGUCGGUGUUCUCUGAAAGUAUCUCCAAAGGGGUCUGGAAGCUUCUGGACCCUAUGAGGCAAGAUGAUAUAACAGCAGUUGUUCGCAAUGACUUUGGCAUUUUGCAGCUGGCUCAAACCCUGUACAACAAGCAUGGCAAUGACCCUACGAAACAUGAGUAUGUUCGUCAGAAGUUAAGGGAACUUGCACGUGUCUUGUUGGUUUUGCGUGGUGAUUCGAUAUACACCAUCGAAGAUGCUGUCAAACCUGGACAUUUUUACAAAGUUGUCAACGCUGUGAAAAAAGUAUCUGGUUUUGAUGAGGAAAACCACACCUACACGGCACCAAGUCUUGCUCUAAAAAUAGGGCAUUCUCUGCAGAAAAUAGCCGACAUCAUUUACAGUAGGGCUUUGAUGAUGGAAAAUGACAAUUUGAUCAAAUCAACUGAAGCUUUCAAGUCACUGUAUGCUGCAAAAUGGUGUGAGCUUGUAUCACACUCUGCCCUGAACACACUCAGUGAGAAGAAAUUCAACAAACCAUCGACCUUACCUUUUACCCAGGAUGUGCAACUUCUUCACACUCACCUAGAAAAGACUUCAGAGUCUGCCUUUGACAAAUUAAAGAAAACAGUAUCUCCCCAAAGUUAUGCCGACCUUGCAAAAUCCACUCUUGCUCAGAUUAUAAUUUUUAAUCGAAGGCGUGCUGGGGAGGUGUCCAAAAUGCGCUUGAAAAACUUCAUUGAAAGAGACAAAAGCCCCCUCCAUGCUGAUGUAUCCUUGGGAUUAACCAAGUUUGAAAAGAAGCUCUACCACAAUGUUCAACUUACUACAGAGGUCAAGACUGCUUGA